CUUCCGAGUGUAACGCGCGGGAUGAUGACGUCACGCUCAGAGCCAGAACUCUCGACUCGGCCACAAUGAAGACUCCGAGACUCGGGGCAACUCCAUCGCCGGGCCGUUACUCCUCAUCCAUCGCCGGGCAGCUCCUCCGUUGCUAGGCAACUCCUCUGUUGCUAGGCAACUCCUCCAUUGCUGGGCAACUCAUCCAUCGCGAAUCAACUCCUCUGUUGCUAGGCAACUCCUCCAUUGCUGGGCAACUCAUCCAUCGCGAAUCAACUCCUCUGUUGCUAAGCAACUCCUCCGUUGCUAGGCAACUCCUCCUCCACCACCGUUGUCACCCCUCAGUUCUACCGGAUGUCCACCACCACCCACCCCAUCCAACCAAUGGAGCGUCCGGCCACCGACACCACCACCACCACCGCCACUGCCACCACCGACACCACCACCACCACCGACACCACCACCGACACCACCGCCACCACCACCGCCACCACCACCGCCACCACCACCGACACCACCACCGACACCACCACCACCGCCGACACCACCACCACCGCCGCCACCACCACCGCCGACCGUCCGGGCGCCAAGCGCCACCUGUGCUCCAUGUGCCCGUACGGCACGGACCGCGCCGGGAGCCUCCGCAACCACGAGCGCACGCACACCGGGGAGCGCCCCUACGCCUGCCCGGCCUGCGGCAAGUCGUUCGCCGAGUCGGGCUCCCUCGGCAAGCACCGCCGCACCCACUCGGGCGAGCGUCCCCACGCCUGCCCCCGCUGCGGCAAGGCCUACGCCGAGAGCGGCCACCUGCGGCGCCACCUGCGCUCGCACACCGGCGAGAAGCCGUUCGCCUGCCCCGAAUGCGGCAAGUCGUUCGCCGAGAGCGGCACCCUCCGCAACCACCGCCGGACCCACGGCGGCGAGCGGCCCCACGGCUGCGGCGAGUGCGGCCGCCGCUUCGCGACGUCGGGCGACCUGUCCCGCCACGGCCGGACGCACAGCGGCGAGCGGCCUCACCGCUGCGGCGACUGCGGCCGCCGCUUCGCCACCUCGGGCCACCUGCGGGGCCACCGCCGCACCCACACGGGCGAGCGGCCCUACUCGUGCGCGGCGUGCGGGGCGGCGUUCGCCGAGUCGGGCGCCCUCCGCCGCCACCGCCGCACUCACACCGGGGAGAGGCCCUACGAGUGCCAGGACUGCGGACGCGGGUUUGCCGAGGCCGGCUGCCUCCGCCGGCACCGCCGCAUCCACACCGGGGAACGGCCGUACGAGUGCGAGGACUGCGGACGUCGGUUCGGCCAGUCGGGGGACCUCCGGGGACACCGCCGCACCCACGCCGGGGAGAAGCCCUUCGGCUGCGCUGAGUGCGGCCGGGCGUUCGCCCACGCGGCCUCGCUCAAGAAGCACCGGGAGGUUCACCGCGGCAUCAUCUGCGGCAUCAUCUGCGGCAUCAUCUGCGGCAUCAGCUGUGGCGGCUGCGUCGUCGGUAGCGGAAUCGACCGCGGCGGCUUCGACGUCGUUAGCAGCAUCAUCGUCGGUAGCGGCGGUCAAAACCUGCGGCUCUGGACUGUGGCCGGGUGA